AUGGGGAUAAUAUUGGAAAGUCAAACAAUAAAAGGUUGGAUCCUUGACAAGGCAGAAGAGGGAACGUUGGUUUUUAUUAAAAAUAGAAAACCAGAAAACAAGUUGGAUAAAAAAUUUAUUGGUCCUUAUAUUGUAAUUAAAAAUAAGUUGAAAGAAGCUUACGAGAUGCAAUCAAUUGAGAUCGGUGUAACUCAGCAAAUAAGUCGAAAAGAUUUUCUAGUGUUCAAGGAAAAUGAAGGUGAAUCUAAUAUCGAAUUGGUUUUAGUAAAUAGACAUGCCUUAAAUGAAGGGGGAAGGUUGUCACCAGUGACUGUAAAUGUCCAAAUAAUUCGCCUCAAAGUAAAACAUAAGGAUAUGAAAUUAACCCCCGAAACACAACAGGCUUCGGAGCGAAGCCAAAACUAUAUAAAGAACUUUUAUUAA